AUGCCUGUCAAUGGCAUACAGACAGAGGUGGACCUACUAGACUCAGGUGAGACGAUCGUGGAAGACAAUGCUGACGCCCCGCUGAUAAACAAAGAUGAUUAUGAUCCUAUAGCACACCUUGAUCAGAUAUUCUCGCACCCAUCGACUCUCUCGUCUGUUACCCAAACUUCCCAGGUCCUCCAAGCUUACCAAGAUGACCUCGACAACGAAAUCGAGGCUCUCGAGGACGAGCAAAUCCAAUUGAAUGCAGAAUGUCUCCAGCGUAUGGAGGGAUCGAAAGCCGAGUUGGCCGAGCUCUUCGAGCGGAUCGAGAGCGUCCGCGAGCGAGCCUUGGAGACGGAACGAAACAUCACCGAGAUGACGGCCGAUAUUAAACAGUUGGAUAACACGAAGAAGAACUUGACGCUGUCAAUGACCGCGCUGAAGCGUCUACAGAUGCUGACGACCGCCUACGAACAGCUGCGAGCCAUGAGUAAGACGAGACAAUACCGAGAAUGUGCGCAGCUGCUGCAAGCGGUGAUCCAGCUGAUGGCGCAUUUCAAGUCCUAUCGCUCGAUUGACCAGAUCGCGGCACUGAGCAGAAAUGUGGCUGAUCUGCAGAGGGAGCUGCUGGAACAAGUAUGCGAGGAUUUCGAAAUCACUUUUACCAAGGAAGAGGUUGCACAGAAGCGAGGCCUCCUCCACGAGUCGUGCCUCGUGGUGGAUGCUCUAGGCGAUUCGGCCCGCUCCAGGUUGACCACUUGGUACUGCAACACCCAACUCCGCCAGUACCGGCAUAUCUUCAAGGGCGAUCAGGAGGCUGGGUCAUUGGACAAUAUUGACCGCAGAUACGCAUGGUUCAAGAAGACCCUAAAGAUCUACGACGAAGAGCAUGCCGCGAUAUUCCCGCCGCAUUGGCGAGUCAACGAGAUCCUCGCUAACGUCUUUGCCGAAGGCACCCGGGACGACUACAAAGGCAUUCUGUCACGCUCCACCCGCAAUGGACAAACGAUCGACGUUAAGCUACUACUGUCGUGUUUGCAGCAAACCCUCGACUUCGAGCACAGCCUGGAGAAGCGGUUCAACCAGAACUCUAGAGCCUCCAUCGAUACCAUGGCCUCGGCGAGUGAGACCCCGAUCUUUGGCCAGCCAAUCUCCGACGCCUUUGAACCGUAUCUGAGCCUGUGGGUUGAAGCCCAAGACAAAGAACUGGCUGGUUUGUUGCCGCAGUACAGACAGCGACCUCCCAGAAAUUCCGAGGAAGAUUUCUCCCCACAGCAAGUCAUUACCUCGUCGACCGAACUCUUCAACUUCUACCGGCUGUCUCUCGCACAGUGUGCAAAGCUCUCUACCGGGCAGCCCUUGCUGGACCUGACGAAGGUCUUCGCGCGAUAUCUCGACCAGUACGCGCAGCAAGUACUGCUAUUCUACAUCUCAGAAAAGCCAACGGGUGGGACACCGUCUAGAAUACCUACGGUCGAAGAUGUUAUCUCGGUGCUCAAUACCGCCGACUACUGCUUCAAUACGUCCAACUCUCUGGAAGAGAAGAUUAAAAGUCGCAUAGAUGAGUCACUAAAAGAGAAGGUCGACCUGCAAAGUCAAGCGGACGCUUUUAUGGGUAUCGCGAGUGCGGCAGUCCGGGGUUUGGUCCGUAGGGUUGAGGUUGACCUGGAGCCCAGCUGGCGAGAGAUGCGAAACAUGACUUGGUCGAAGAUCGACAUUGGCGAGAAUCAAAGCGCUUACAUUGCCGGUCUGCAAAAUCGCAUCAAAGACCGGUCAAGCGAGAUACUAGGGAUGCUCCACAAGCAACAGUACGCUCGAGCUUUUGCGGACAACUUAGUUGAGCUUCUCGCGUCGACGUACCUUACGAACAUUGCCCAGUGCAAGCCCAUCUCAGAGGGCGGAGCAGAGCAAAUGUUGCUCGACACUCACGAAAUACGAAACACACUGAGCCGCCUACUCCCAGGCACCCCACCACCCCUGUUCCUGAAACGUGUGACUGCUGCGUUUGCAAAGAUUGAACCAUUGUUGAAGACUCUGCAAGUACGCCCUUCACCUCCGGAAGCGCUCGUACAGGCAUACUUAAUCCACAUCGCAGACCUGUCGGAAGUCAAUUUCCGCAAGGUCCUCGAACUCAAAGGGAUUCGCACGAAACCGGAACAAGGUCAGCUGGUUGAGCUAUAUCAAAUGCACAAGUUCAGUCCACGGUAUAAAGACUCACUUGUGGAGAAGUCGCCUGUUCUGACACCUCUGACACUUGGACCGCCAACAUCAGGUACAGGCACGGCAGUGACUCCUGCCGCUGCGCUUCACAACCUUUCCGCGCUAGGGAAUUCUGCCGCUGCGUCCUUGAGCACGGCAAAUUUGCCCGCGAACAUGAAGUUUGACGCGUCAGGCCUCGGUAGUGCGAUCAUUGACCGUUUCAGCAGUCCCGGUCUCGGGACACCACGGGACGGAGCCACGAGCCCCACGUUUGGAAGUGGUGUAGCAUCUGGCAAUAUGACGGGAGAUGCUGUCUUUUCUGGCGCAGAGGCCGGAGCGAAGUUGAACGAAAAUCUGAAGAACAUAGGCAAAUUCUUCAAACGGGACUUGGGCGGGUUUGGAGGCAUCGGUCGCUUUGGUAGUAGUAAAACGACCAGCCCUGCUCCCUCCGAAGAUCGAGCCAACGCCCGAUAG